AUGGUUCUCGAAUCAGCCAGCUUUGAGAAAAUUCCCGCUGGCUUCUAUCAGAUAAUUCAAAUUAUUAUCUUGUGUUCAUCAAUUGACUUCAAUGACGGGUUGCGCGUUCCGCCCGCCCCAGAAUUUUUCCACCCCCGAGCUCCAAGCUCACGCAUCCUGCAACACCACCAAAAGUUCAAGGUGAUCCUCGUCGACGAACAACCCACAAAGAUAUCCAGCACCGAUACAGAAGCCAUGAUUUGCAGAACGUGCAUGCGCCGCGGCGCCUCGGCCUUACCCCGUCUCCAGGCCCCUCGCGCCUCGUCCCUCCUCAUCAGACCCUUCUCCCUCUCCGCGCCCUCAAGAAACGCAGUAGAAGCGCCUGCUGCAGGAGCUGCUGCUCCUGCUACUCCUGCCGCCACCAACGCCAAGGACGCACCCCCGAAGCUCUCCUCGUCCACCGCCGACAUCCCCGAGGCCGCGGCGCCCAUCUCCUCCUGCCCGCCCGGUACCGUCCUCAACGGCCUGAACUACUUCAAGAACAAGACGGACCCCGUCGCUCUCCCCGAUGAGGCGUACCCCGACUGGCUGUGGACGGUCCUCGAGUCCAAGAGCGAUGCUGUAGAGUCUACGGAUGACCUCGCCGCCGAGAUGUUUUCCAAGUCCAAGAAGCAGCGCAAGGCCGCCGCCAAGAAGCAAAAGGCUCUCGAGGCCAAGGUUCUUGCCUCAGGCGACCUCGAGGCCCUCGCACCAAAGGUCCCGCUCCCCCAACAGUCCAUCAACUUGCCCGGAGAGAAGGGUGGCGACGUCGAGCACAACCUCGAGGCGGCGACCAAGAGAGACGAGCUGCGCAAGGCGAUGCGCAAGGACCGCAAGGCCAAGAUCAAGGAGUCCAACUACCUCAAGUCCAUAGAGCUCUCAAGAAGGGGGCUCCUGUACAAUAUCUACGGUCGUCAUGACCGGCUUGUUAUAUCAUCACCAAAAUAUCAACUGGACGAGUAA